AGUCCAAGAGCCAAUGCCAGCAAUCCAUUUUCAUUUCCGGAGGUAGAUUCACCGGCCAUUAUCCCCAUCUCUGUACGGUGUACACCCACCCCACACAGGCAUUAACACAAACACAUAGCAUGCAUACAUUUCUUCAGAUCAAAAUUCACACACAGUAGCACACACACACACACACGAACAAAUGGCGGAGACGAAUUCGUGCUGUUCAUGGCUGAAAGCCUCGCUGCCCUUUCUGGGCAUGGUGUCGGCGGUAACCGCUUUAGCAACCAACAUGAUCGUCAGCAAAAUCGCCAUGACCAACGGUACCAGCUUCUUCAUUUUAUCCGUCUACUCCAACGCUUUAGCCACACUCAUUCUUUUCCCCUGCGGUUUCCUCUUGCACAGGUCAAAGCUUCCUCCCCUCACAUUCAAGAUACUCUGCAGGAUCUUCUUGCUCGGUUGCUUUGGUUGUUUAGCAGAUAUUGGUAGCUAUGCUGGCAUAAAUAACAGCUCCGCCACGCUUGGGACGGAGUUGCUGAAUCUUGUUCCGGGUUUUACUUACAUACUUGCUGUCAUAUUCAGGAUGGAAAGAUUGAAUUUGAGAAAAUCGAGUGGGAUAUCGAAGUCGUUGGGAACGAUUAUUUCGAUCUUGGGUGCAUCGAUUGUGACUCUGUACAAAGGACCGGCGAUCAUGAAUAAGGCACUGACGUUGAAUUCUUCGGCAAUUAUUUCUUUGCCGGAGCAAAAUUGGGUUCUCGGUGGAAUUUUGCUAGCAAUUGCCGCCUUUUCCACUGCAGCGUGGUCUAUAGUUCAGAGUUCGAUUCUCAAGAUAUACCCUGCGGAGAUGAUUAUAGUGGCUGUAUAUUGCCUCUUUGUGACUAUGCAAUCGACAGUAGUAGCUUUGAUAGCUGAGAAAGAUAUGACAGCUUGGAAACUUCAAGCCGAUAUGGGAUUAGUUGCUGUACUUUAUGCGGGAAUAAUCAACGUAACAUAUCGACUCUACAUAAUGUCAUGGUGCCUUACGAGAACGGGCCCACUAUUCGUAUCUUUAUUUAAUCCAUUGACGAUCGUUAUUUCUGUUGUCAUUGGAGUCAUCUUUCUUCACGAAGUUCUCUAUUUCGGAAGUGUGGCUGGGGCAGUUGUAUUAGUUACCGGAUUCUACGCAGUUAUUUGGGGUAAGGCGAAAGAAAGGAAGAUAAAUGUAGAGUCGACAAGCGAAGAAGAGGUCUCUUUAUUGCAAGAUGGUAUUGAACAAGCCUAAGAUAAUGUCCUAGAAAAAAAUACGGGAGUCGAAUUUUUUCGAUGUGUAGUAUUAAGGAAAAUUGUAUUUCUUGAAGAUGUAUAGAGGUUAUUUUUUUCUGUAAGUAGAGGCAGUGAACUUACAACUGUCAAAUUGUAUUUUCUCAAAAAAAAUGACGGUUUGAUUGUAGAUUAUUAAAUGUAAAAUUUCAGACAUGGAUUGCACUCUGAUGUAAUAAAGUUUGGGUUGAGCACAUGUUCAUUUA